CGGGGCCCUGCGGCCGCUCCCUCCUGCCGGCCGGGAGGAGGCCGGUGCCGGCCGGCAUUGCCCUAGGUCCGGGCGGGCACCGGGAUCCUGUGGCCGGUAGGUCGGGAGGCCUCUCGUGGGGCAGAGAGGUGCUUGGCCCUAGUCGGGGUUAAAACAUGUUUGAUGAGGCUGUGCGUUGGCUGCUUGGACUAGGGGCCCGUUGCCGGGCUGGCCCUGCCGUCUGUCCGCUCGCUGUGAGGGGUUAGGCCGGCGAGGCUGAGCUGCCGAGGGAUGGAAGGGACGGGGAGCAGGAGCAGCACUUCCUCCUCGGUCGUCACAGCCCACGGCUUGGUGUUCUGGACACUGUGCUCCGUGCUGCUGCCGGUGCUCAUCACCCUGUGGUGCAGCUUCCAGCGGUCCCGGCGGCAGAUGUUGAUCCGAGAUAUCUCUUGGAAGAGCAAGCAUGACUGGCGCUACACGGACCUCUUCGGGCAGCCUUCCUACUGCUGCGUGUGUGCUCAGCACAUCCUCCAGGGCGCUUUCUGCAACUGCUGCGGCCUGCGGAUCAACGAAGGCUGCCUCAAGAAGGCUGAGCAGCUCUUCCACUGCAAGGAGAUCAUGAUGAGCAGCAGCGGAGCCCGCAGCUCCAUGCCACACCACUGGAUCCGAGGCAACGUCCCGCUCUGCAGCUGCUGUAUGGUCUGCAGGCUGCAGUGUGGCACACUGCCCAAGCUCUGCGACUACAGAUGUGUGUGGUGCCAGCACACUGUCCAUGAUGAAUGCCUGGUGGAUUAUAUAAAGACACAGGAGUGUACAUUUGGAAAAUUCAGAGACUUAAUUAUUCCACCAUACUAUUUGUCUACAAUCAAACAGAUGCGUAAAGAGAAAAGAACUGAUUAUGAAAAGGUAGCACCUUACUGCAGAAAACACUGGAUGCCAGUAAUUGUACUGGCCAAUACUCGCAGUGGAAACAACAUGGGUGAAACUUUGCUAGGAGAAUUUAAACUUCUGCUGAACCCUAUUCAGGUUUUUGAUCUAAGCAAAAUCACACCUGCUAAAGCCCUCCAACUUUGUACCUUGCUGCCUUGCAACGCUGUCAGGGUUCUUGUCUGUGGUGGGGAUGGCACAGUAGGCUGGGUCCUGGAUGCCAUUGAUGAAAUGAAGAUAAAGGGGCAAGAACGUUAUAUUCCACAAGUUGCAAUUUUACCUCUGGGAACAGGUAAUGACCUGUCUAAUACACUGGGCUGGGGUGCAGGUUAUGCUGGAGAAGUCCCUCUAGAACAAAUCUUACAAAAUGUCAUGGAGGCAGAUGGAGUCAAACUAGACAGAUGGAAGGUUCAAGUAACUAACAAAGGGUACUACAACUUAAGGAAACCAAAGGUAUUCACAAUGAACAACUACUUCUCUAUAGGACCUGAUGCUCUCAUGGCUUUAAAUUUUCAUGCUCAUCGUGAGAAGACUCCCUCUCUGUUUUCCAGCAGAAUUAUUAACAAGGCAGUUUAUUUUUUCUAUGGAACCAAAGACUGCUUAGUACAAGAAUGUAAAGAUCUUAACAAAAAGGUUGAGCUAGAGUUGGAUGGUGAGAGAAUUGAGUUGCCCAAUUUGGAAGGCAUCAUUUUUCUGAAUAUUGGAUACUGGGGAGGUGGCUGCAGGCUCUGGGAAGGAGUGGGUGAUGAACCUUACCCCUUGGCAAGACACGAUGAUGGGCUUCUGGAGGUUGUUGGUGUUCAUGGUUCCUUCCACUGUGCCCAGAUUCAGGUGAAGCUAGCAAAUCCUGUUCGCCUGGGGCAGGCACAUACAGUGAGGCUGAUCUUGAAGAGUUCAAAGAUGCCAAUGCAGGUGGAUGGAGAGCCAUGGGCUCAGGGGCCCUGCACUGUUACCAUAACUCAUAAGACACAUGCACUGAUGCUGUAUCACUCGGAUGAACAAACAGAUGACGAUACUUCCAGCAGUUCUGAGGAGGACCACAUGAGAGAACCGGUGAAUGAAGAAGAUACAUAGAUUUUGUGGAACUUAACAGAAUACAGCAAUGAACUUCAGCUCCUUUAAGAACACUGAGAACAUCUAUUUAGAUUAAAGUUUGUGUCCUAAGGUUCAUUUAAUUUCAUUUUGAUGUGUGUUACUCGUGAAUGAACUAGUGCUGAGGAAGAAGCCAUUCAUGAAAACAUCCACAGCUGAAUGACCACAACUGUUUUGCCUUUUAGAUUGGUGGUAAUGCCCAGCCUUUCUAGCUGGAGAAGUUAAUGGCAGGAAAGAGACAUACCUCAGCCCUCCCUUGCUGCGGAAUCAGAUCUUCUGCUCAUACAGUCUCGUGUGCAGAAUGUUUGAUACCCCUGGAAAGGGGAACAGCUGGAGUUUGGCCUGUUCCACCUGCCCUUUUCCCCAGAACAGAAAGUCAGACCGAGCAGGGUGUGAGCUGGUUUUCUGACAACAGCCACCUCCUGGCUGCUGUCUCUUCUUGGGAGCAACACAAACACUUUUUCAUGCACCUGCUUGUGCAGUGUGUAUCUAAUAGGCUUGACUGGGAGAGCAGAGGAUCUGGGAGCUCUUGGGAAGGUGGUUAGCAAGAAAGAUGCUUUUGGACCAAAGGUUUCUGGAAGUGUUGUGUUAGCAAAUGACCUUUUUCUGUGGUUUUAUAAGCCAUAGAUAGGAUACUUCUGAGGUCCCAAGUAGCCAAGGUACAACUUCAAAUAAUUGUACCAUGACUUGCACUGAAUGAUCCUGUGACUGACUCUGCUUCAGUACAGUGAAAAACUAAUUCUAGUUCUUGUAAAUAGCAACGUUGUAGUUAUUGAGGAGGCUUUUUGGAGGAAAACUUGGACAAAGGAGCUGUCUCUUUUUAGCUGUUUAGAGGAAGGGUUUAGAGGAACAAUGAUUAGCAAAUGUGUGUAUUGGUCAUCUUGGGUUUCUUAAAGAUCUUGCUUCAUAAUUACCUGAAAACGAUCAGUAGCAAGCCAGUCUGUUAACUGUUUCAGUUUUAAGUGUGGCAAAGUUUGCAGAAGUCAGCAAGUUCUGGUGUUCACGUGUAUAAGUUGGGGAAAAAACCGUGGAAGCAUUUGUCUUCUGGCUGGCUCUUAGGAGGGUCAGAGUUCCCAUGUGGGACCUGAAACUUCAUUUCCCGUAUGAAUAUAUAGUGAGAAAAAGAUUGGUGAUCUGUACUGAUAGUACAGGUGAAGAACGCAUGCAAAAUACAUGGAAACUGUCACUUUGGUGUAUCUGAAGCUUCUCAGGUUAAAAGCUUCUCAGGUGAACACAUCUUCAUGGUUAACAGAAGUAAAAACCUGCUUCCUUUUUUCUUUUCUGUUGUAGGUAUUUUAAGCCUGCAGCAGGUGAGAGCUAUGAGCUGAGGUUUAAACUUUGUCUCUAAGUAAUUCACUUAAGUCCAGUUGAGUUACCGAAGGUGAUCUUCCAAGUAGGAAGAGAAUUUAUGCUGAAUGUAUACUUUUAUAAGCCAAGAUGGUAAGAAGAGAUGAGAGCUUUGGUCUAAACUUCGAAUGUUGCUGCUUUUGUCCAAACUCCUCCAUUAUUUUGGUGGUUGUGUCUUUUUUCCUCACCCUUUUUUCCUUCUCCUAAAUCAAAGUGAUACCAUUGGGUAAAGUAGGCUGUGUUUCUAGGUUUUGUAAAUUGAAACUGUUUUUCAGCAAUUGUAAAAUGACAUUUGCAUUAAUGGUGAAUGAACUAUUUAUAUUUUUAAAUAAUUUAUUGAAACCUUGGCAAAGUCAGUAUUUUUAAAACCUUCAAUUGUAAUCCUCUUUGGAGAGCAUUUUUAACUUAAUGGUAUUUGUUGUAGAAAGUGUAUGUACUAGAUCUUAAAUACUACUGAUUGUCAGUGAAUUUAUAGCUGUCUGAAAAUGUGAUUAGAGUGUAAUGAACUGUAAAGCAGAAGCCAUGUGUAAAUUCCACAUUCAUUAGCUUUAUACACUGCAACUUAAUUAUUGUGUGUAAAUAUGGCAAACAAAUGAAUAGUAAAAACUGUAAAAAGCGUUUAAAAUACCCAAAAGUAUACUAUGUUAGAGAA